AUCUCUUCUUUCAACAAGUGUCGUUAUUGACUAGGAUUAGAUCACAGACUCAUAAACAACUGAUGUCAAAAUGUUACAGAGGCCUUGAAUUAAUCAACUCUUUUUUUCUUUUUUCAGCGCAACCCACACCACCUCCAAAAGUGGACCCGGACGCCUGCCUGCAAGCCCAUAAUGCAGAACGAGCACGUCACAGUGGAACUCCGCCGCUGAAGUGGAAUGAAACACUAGCUAAGCAUGCUGAAAAAUGGGCUAAGUAUUUGGCCUCCAAUGAUAAAUUUGAGCACGAAUAUAACACUGGCGAAGGAGAAAACCUUUACUAUUCUUAUGGCUCACCCCUAACGACAUGUGGAGAUGCAGUGACAGCUUGGUACGAAGAAAUCAAGGACUACGACUACAGCAACCCUGGUUUCAGUUCUAAAACUGGCCAUUUUACCGCGGUGAUUUGGAAAAGCACCACUCACGUGGGAGCGGCUCUUGCUAAAUCAGCCGAUGGCACCAAAAUUUACGUCGUGGCGCGCUACUCACCACCAGGAAAUUUUCGAGGAAAGUUCAAAGAAAACGUGUUACCACAGACCUCGUCAUAGCUUCAAGGUUGAGAGAGGUUGAAUGGACGUCAGAGGGUACACCUGGUUUGGCCGUUAUAGAUACAUAGCAUUGUAACUUUAGUCUUAACUAGUGCCAUUAAAGAAAACUACUGAAAACG